CAAAAUCAGUGAGUAGCUCUCAAACCGAGGCUGCAACGUCAUGCACAAACUCGAAACCUCACCCAGGCAAGCGAGAGCGAGCGAAAAGAGGGACAAACGCAAACACGGUGGAGCAACGGAGAGGGGUAAAACUGUUGAUCUCAGAAGCUGAGCAGGAUGCGUGAAUACAAGCUGGUGGUCCUGGGCUCGGGAGGGGUCGGCAAGUCCGCUCUGACUGUGCAGUUCGUCCAAGGAAUAUUCGUGGAGAAGUACGACCCCACGAUAGAAGAUUCGUACAGAAAGCAAGUGGAGGUGGACGGGCAGCAGUGCAUGCUGGAGAUCCUGGACACGGCCGGGACGGAACAAUUCACAGCCAUGCGGGAUCUGUACAUGAAGAACGGCCAGGGCUUCGCCCUCGUGUACUCCAUCACAGCGCAGUCCACCUUCAACGACCUGCAGGACCUACGGGAGCAGAUCCUCAGAGUCAAAGACACCGACGACGUUCCCAUGAUCCUCGUGGGGAACAAGUGCGACCUGGACGAUGAGCGCGUGGUGGGCAAGGAGCAGGGCCAGAACCUGGCCCGGCAGUGGAACAACUGCGCCUUCCUGGAGUCUUCCGCCAAGUCCAAGAUUAACGUGAACGAGAUCUUCUACGACCUGGUUCGGCAAAUCAACAGGAAAACCCCGCCACCUGGGAAGGCACGCAAAAAGAACACCUGCCAGCUGCUCUAAUGCUCAGCUGUGUCCUGUCGCUCUGAGCCAGGUCUGAUAAACUGCUGUCCCUCUUGACAGUGCCAGCAUCCCGACUUUUACUAAACCUAACAUUCGGCGGACUUUCCUGUGUGGUGUGUACCCUUUAACAACCGGAAAUCAACGAGCGAAACCACCCACCGACGGAUUCGAGGCCACCGCGUCAGUUUUGCACACCCUCGGCUGGAAACCACCCCUUCAGUGUGGCCCAGAGAUUUUUACAUAUAUAUGUGUGUGUAUAUAUAUGUGUGACUGCAUAUAUGUGUGUAUACAUAUAUGUACAUAUAUGUAUGUAUAUAUAAAUAAAAAGAUAGCUGUAUGCAACUGAAACGAGACCAAGAACCUACACACAGUAUUAUUGCUAGUGGAGCGAGCGUCCUUCUCCAGUUGCCGCGGUAACUGUCUGAGAUCGAUGUCUGUCCAGGCUGUUGAAAUUGCCAGGUGUUUGCGUUGGUGAGUACAAUUGUAAUAUAUAAAAAUCGCCACUAUUUCUAGCAAGAGAAAGCAGAAAGUCCAAAGAGCGCCUCUAUAGCCUAUUUCAUAUAGCUAACUUUACUCCUUUGGUGUUUUCUACCUGUUUUUUUUUGUUUGUUUUUUUUCCCCCCAGGCCUUUGUUUUUGUUCUUUAUUUUAAGUUACUAGAUUUUGUUCAAGAUGCUAUAUUGCGACUGCUAUUAAUAUGAUUUUAUCUUAGGACAACCUGUGGAUACAGUAACAUCUGUGUAUAAUAAAACUAUAAAGGAUCCCUGUCACUAUUGUCUUUAGCCUAAGGUGUUGCCUUCAAAUAUAUGUUUAGUUUUUCCUUGAGGUAAAAUCCAACUGAAUUCCAAUCAAUCUUUAAUUAUGUGUAUUGUUUUGUUUUGUUUACAUAGAUUUUUGUACAGUGGGGGUUUACAUGAGGGAUUCUAGAGAGGAGGACAGGACUGGAGGCCCUGCCCCUGGCGGUAGACUAUGAGAGUUUGUCCUCCCUGUUUUUUUAUGAAUGCGUGCAGGGACCGUAGCGGGACCGCCCCCCCCCCCUGCUUGGGUCCGGGGAAAACGCCGGGUCGACCGUCCCGUCCUUUUCUGUAGAAUCCUCGAUCAACAACAGGAAGAUUAUAUUUUAAAAUGAGGGUUUUUAAGAAAACGAAUCAAUAAAAAUGUCAUUGGUGAA